AUGCCUAUUUCUCUCUGCACCGUUCUUACAGUUAUCCUGUCCCACCUUUUCGCUCACUCUGCUCUUUCCAAUCCUUUACCUGGAGGGUCUGGCUCUGUAUUCGAUGCAUUGCACCCACGAGAUAGCACAGAAACGCACACUCUCAACCUCAACAGCGUAGCACUUCCAGGAAACUUCUCUGCAGCAGUCAAUGAUCCUUCCGGUGGCUUUCUUCGCAAUACAAAUCUUUUACUCCCAAAUGCCACAGCAACAGCCCAAGUUAAACCCUACGCCGAGGCCAACCUAGAUGCACUACAACAGUCUCUGCCGUAUUUAUUGAAGCAACUCAGCAUCAACGAAGCCACCAUUCCUGAUCUGGUCUCUCAAGGCGUGCCGCUGAUAUCGCAAGUCGUGACAGCCUCCAUCGCCGAUCAUUUCGCGCCGGCGCCAGGCACGCCCAUACCUCUUGUACGCCGGAACCUCUUUGACGAUAUUGGCAAUUGGAUCCAAGGCGUUGUCAACGAUAUUGGCGAUGCUGUCAAGCAGCCUGCCGUUGAUGCAGGCUGCGGUCUCUUCGCUGCCUCAGCAUUGCCAGGGUAUCUUGCUGCAGUUGCCGCGUUCAGUGUGCUCAAUGCAGGAAGCACUCCAAAGUCUACAACACCAGACCAAGAUUUCUAUAUCCAGCCGUUGCAUGGUGCUGUCUCGCAUCCUGAUGGCAUUGUUGUCUACUAUAAUGCGAAUUUUCCUCCCGGAUUCGAGAAUGCUGACGGUGUGACCAUGGGCCAGGCAAUAUACACAAGAAACGGACCAGACAUUGAGUAUACAGAUGUAAAUUUUGCCGCCACGACAAGAUUGCUGCUGCACGAAUUUACGCACGUGAAGCAGUACCAGGCGCUUGGGUAUGAUUUCAAUGCCUUUGGUUUGAGAUAUCUGUUUGAUUACUGCACCGCGGGAUUUAGCUACGAGAAAAACGAUCUCGAAGCGGAAGCGUACACUAAGCAAACAUAUAUGGACAAGCUUUUUCUCAGCCCCGGCUCCGAGUUCGUUCGACUUUGGAAUACGCGCGGUGUACAGCAACAGCUCGGCUUUCCCACAGCCCAGACAUAUACCACCACCGGUGCUGUAUUCAGCCAAUUCUCACUCCAGAUGGAAAGGGAGUGUUGCAAAUUCAAUGCUCUGGAGCUAGAUGUCAUUAGUGAUAGUGCAGAGGGAGGUGACGUUGACGCGAUGAGGGAGACCUGGCAAGACCCGCAGAUUUUCCAAGCCGCGGUCGUUCCAGAAAAGACUUUCGAGGCUGGAAAAAACGCCCAGCAUCUGUCUCAUACCCUCCAAAAAGAAGACGCAAUCUUGGAGACUAAGCCGAGUUACAGCAGAGCCUUCUCUCCCUAUAAAACUGUCUGGAAGUUCCAGAGAAGAAGUAAAUUUGUAGACAUGAAGCGUUCUCAAGGCGGGCAAGAAUGCGAGCUCUACAAUAUUUUGCAUUUGCACGUAGGUGACACAGGGCCAGGAUUGUAUCAUAUCAAUGUGUUGGAGCCGUUGUAA